CAGCCAGCAUAUCGUGUCAGAGUUUCUGAGAACAACACAGAGAACUCUCUGAGCUCUUCGUGCCCUCCUGCAAGAGAGGAACAGAAGUAGUUCCAGAGCCUAGCAAAUCAUCACCAUAGCACCAGCAACUGUUAGUUCAUAGCUUGUCUGCAACAGUAUUAUCUCUAGCACCCUUUUUGUGUCGAAAUGGCAGGCCUAUCUCUGCAGCACCCCUGGGCAUUCGCUUUCGGCCUCCUAGGCAACCUAAUCUCCUUCCUGACCUUCCUAGCCCCGAUACCAACAUUCUACCGCAUCUACAAGACCAAGUCGACAGAGGGUUUCCAGUCGGUUCCCUACGUGGUUGCCCUGUUCAGUGCCAUGUUAUGGAUUUUCUAUGCACUGAUCAAGUCUAACGAGACCUUCCUCAUCACCAUCAACGCCGCCGGCUGUGUGAUCGAGACCAUCUACAUCGUCAUGUACUUCGUCUAUGCGCCCAAAAAAGCCAAGUUGUUCACAGCCAAGAUCAUGCUCCUCCUCAAUGUUGGCGUCUUUGGUGUCAUCCUCCUCGUCACCCUCCUCCUCUUCAAGGGUGACAAGCGCGUUGUCAUGCUUGGAUGGAUCUGCGUUGGUUUCUCCGUUAGUGUCUUUGUGGCGCCGUUGAGCAUCAUGAGACGCGUGAUCCAAACGAAGAGCAUGGAGUACAUGCCAUUCUCCCUCUCCCUCUCGCUCACCCUCAGCGCUGUCGUCUGGUUCCUCUACGGCCUCCUCAUCAAAGAUAAAUAUGUUGCGGCAAUUAUUUUAAUUGAAUUUGUAUUAACCACCAUGCUUCCAAACAUCCUUGGGUUCACCUUUGGCAUGGUCCAGAUGGUGCUGUACGUGUUGUACAUGAACAAGACGCCGGUGGCUGUUGCCGAGGGCAAGGAUGCCGGCGGCAAGCUUCCCUCAGCUGGAGACAAGCACGUGCUUGUCAACAUCGCCAAGCUAAGCCCCGCCCUCCCCGAGAGGAGCUCGGGAGUGCACCGAGCCACCCAGAUGUCGGCUGUUCCCGCCAAGAGCUGCGCUGCUGAAGCAACCGCGCCGAAGGUGAUGCUGCCCAACAGGGACGUGGUCGACGUCUUCUUGAGUCAGGCUCUCCAUCGCAAGCAAGCAUGAGUCGAGUCCGAAUGCACACAAGCAGCUAAUGGGACCCCUUUUUUACAUUUAUUUAUAUAUGUGUGUGCCAGCAUGUGCGCUAUAUAUAUAACCGUUUAUCCAACCGUAGCUUUAUUUAUUUCUCAACUAUAUGCAAUUGAAGUAAAUGUGUCCAUUCAUGUAACCAAUAGUAUCGUCAUUCCCGUCCAAAAUAAUCAUAACAAUUUUCUA